CUUUGAAUGUAAAAGUUUUCCCUCUUCGAUCCAAACUUCCAACUGCAAAUUCUACUGCGCCGCGAGUAAACAUGGGCAUCCUAAAUAAAGUCACCGGUGUCUUCAUCAACUUAUUCGUCUUCGCCUGGGACUUCAACCUCUUCAUUCUAAAUAUACUUACUCCUUCCUACAAGCCUGGACAUGUCGUUCCCGCACAUGCCGCAGGGCAUGCUCUAUCCUGGCCAGAGUAUACCCCACCCAAGGAUGGGGAUUCCCGCUCCGCUUGCCCCAUGCUCAACGCAAUGGCCAACCACGGCAUCCUCCCCCAUGACGGCAAGAACAUCACCUUCAAAGACCUGAAUAUCAAAAUCCGCCAAACCUUCAACUUCGCGCCAACAUUCUGCUUCUUCGUCCCAAAAUUUGCAGCCGAUUUCUUAAACCGCUCGUACUGGACCGAUCGCUUCGAUUUGGCUGAGCUGAGUUUGCAUAAUGCGAUUGAGCACGAUGGAAGCCUUACCAGGCAGGAUGCAGCGCUAGUUCCGGAUCAGGCGAAGCCAGAUUUGGGGCUCGUGAAGGAGCUGUUGGAAGAAGCGACAGGGACGAUGGCAGAUGGGAGCCCUCGCCUUACGAUCCCGGAUCUCUCGCGUGCGUUGUCGAAGAGAAGGGUGGCUGCGAAGAAGACGAAUAAAGACUACACCGAAGACUUCUUUCACAACAUUUUUGGGAGUUCUAACUCAUCGACAAUGCUUACGCUCUUUGGGGGUUCCAUCGCAGAUCUCACCCCUAUGCUCACGGAAGAAAGGUUCUCUGAGAACUGGGAGCCGCGCGUGCGUUCUCGAUUCGGUUUGACGAUGGCGAAGUUUAAUGCCACUGUUAUUCCCGUUGAGAGGGGCGUGAAUACGAAGAGUAUCGUGCAGGCGGAAGGGGAAGCAUAAAGAGAGAUGACCAAGGAUAAUACUCCACGGGUAGCACUGUGAGUUGAUGCUUAAAAAGGGAUUCAUUAUACAAAUAAAAAAAAUAAAAAAACAUACAACAGUGUAAGGGCGACGAAGCUCCAAUUUUAAUUUCCCAGUCUUUCAUCUAAUCGUCGUAACCGACAUUUUGCUUCGCUCAAAGUUAGAGGAAGCAAGUGCGCGAUCUUGGAAGCAAUUGCGCCAACUCACAAAUUGCA